AUCCUUCCUCCUCUGUAACUGAUCCCAGAGCAGUUCUUUGUUGCUUAAUCUGCGUUAAUCUGUUAAUCUGCCCCUCCCCCGUCCAGCUCAGCUCUCAUUCUGUUCUGACCCGCAGGAAUGAAGGAUGCAGCUCCGCCGGACUUUCUGGUGCUGCCGUGGCCCCACGGCGGCGGCCCCGCGGCCGGGACAGGCGAGCAGGGCUGGGAGGGUCUGCUGCUGAGGUGUGGAGCGGCGCUGGGAGUCGCGCUGAUAUGUGUGGCGAUGCUCAGGAAGUGGAUCGCAGGUGGAGUGUGUCGUUCUUCGGUUCGUCUGGACGGGAAGACUGUUCUGGUGACCGGAGCGAACACCGGCAUUGGCAAAGAGACCUGCAGAGAUCUGGCGGGAAGAGGAGCCCGAGUGGUGAUGGCGUGCAGAGACCUGAUCCAGGCAGAGAAGGCAGCAGAGGACAUCCGGCGAUCCACGGGGAAUGGUAAUGUCGUGAUCAGACACUUGGACCUCGCCUCCAUUUAUUCUGUUACACAGUUUGCUAAGGACAUCCUGGACAGUGAAGACAGGCUGGACAUCCUCAUCAACAAUGCAGGAGUGAUGAUGUGUCCAAAAUGGCUGACUGAAGACGGCUUUGAGACUCAGCUUGGUGUCAAUCAUCUGGGUCACUUCCUCCUGACCAAUCUGCUCCUCCCAAUUCUAAUAAGCUCCGCCCCCAGUCGUGUGGUCAACGUGUCCUCCAUUGCCCAUCAUGGAGGUCGCAUCAACUUUGAGGAUUUGUUCUUCAGUAGGAGGCCAUACAGCUCUCUGGAGAGCUACAGACAGAGCAAGCUGGCCAACGUCCUUUUCACACGAGAGCUCGCGCGACGACUCAAAGGGACAGGUGUGUCAACCUUCUGUCUCCAUCCCGGGGUGAUCCGGACCGAGCUGGGUCGCCACGUUGAGGGCUGGUUCCCCCUGCUGGGGGCGCUGCUGAGGCUGCCCACCCUGUUGCUGAUGAAGACUCCAUGGCAGGGAUGUCAGACCACUGUGUUCUGCGCCGUGACACCAGGCCUGGAGGAUCGAUCCGGCUGCUAUUUCAGUGACUGUGUGGAGAAGGAGGCAGCUCCGGAGGGACGGGACGAUGAGGUAGCAAGAAGGUUGUGGAAGGAGAGCGGCCGAUUGGUUGGACUGAAGGACACGCGCUGACCUCUGAAAUGUGAAGUGA